CGCGCGCUCACAUGUAAACAGCGCUCUGUGAUUCACUCUUUCAUGUCAUUCUCCACACACGCGCUUCACUGCUGCUCGUUUCUCGAAAAUCUGACAGAUUUUCCCUCGUGACAGCGAAAAACAGCCGCGUUUCGGGGUUUAACGUCAUUUUCCUGACAGAUCGCGCCACACUGGAACUAUGAGCUUCAGCGGUCCGCGGGAGAAAGAGCGGCGGCUGCGCGGCUCAGGCGAGCCCUCCCGGGUGUGAGAGUGAAAUCGAGGCCGCUGGCGCUGCGGCCUACUGCGGGCGGUUUAAUGUUUCACUCGACAGUACAGGACAGCGCUCCGUCUCCAUCAGGAACAGCAAUGGCUUCAUGUGAUGACAGAUUGACAUUGAUUGACAGAUGAUGCUGGAGGCACCUGUGCAGGUGAGCGAGGCCCUCGGCAUCACGGCAGGAGAAUGAAGCUUCAUUCGGACACGAGCGAGAGCGAGUCACACGCCGCCCAGGACAUGAACCUGAACCACCGCUUGACCUUGACCUCCUGCGCGCUGAAGCCCGGGUGUCUGGAGGGGUCGGCGCUACAGUUCAACGGUUCGUCUGACCAAUCGGGGCUUGAGAAUCUCACGUCAUACUGUGAUGAUCCGAACAGGGUCACGGUGACCUCAGAGGACGACAGCAGGUCGGCGGACGACGGAGACGGUCUCGCACCCGAGAUCCAGCAGGCCUACAGAAUAUUUCAAAGCUUUCUUUCAGAGAAGCAUAAGUCCAUAACGGCCCCGUUCUGGCAUCCCAUCGGCCCCGGAUCGCAGACCCCUGAUGCUGAGGUGUGCUUCAGAAAGAUGCAUGAUAAAUUUGUAAAUCGCGAGUAUGAAUCUAUCACUGCAUUUGUCGCCGAUUUCAGACUGAUGUUAGAGAACUGUUAUCGCUUUCACGGAGUCGAUCACUGGAUCUCCAAACAGGCCCAGAAACUGGAGAUUAUUCUGGAACAAAAGUUGACUCUGUUGUCCAGGACGCUGAGGGAGAAAACCACCCUAGCUGUGACCUCCAGAGGUCGUUUCGGCACGGAGGAUGAGAAAGCGCCGGUCGGCACGUCGUCCAGGCGGCGAUUGGUGCCACGAAACCUGGCGACCAUUACAGUGGGCGGCAGCGAGUCCAUCAUGGUGCAGGCGCUGAGACUGGAGGAGCUGCAGCGAGCCAAAGACGAGAAGAGGCAGCGGGAGCUGGAGCGUAAAGAGGCAGAAGAGGCAUCAGUGAAGGAGCUGGAGGAGUGGGAGCGCUCCUUGCUUGCUCUGGCGGAACCGUGGCCGGUCCGGACCAUGUGGGAGCUUCCCGCCAUCGGCCACUUCCUGUGUCUGGCGCAGGCGGCGCUGAACCUCCCCGAGAUCGUCUUCUACGAGCUGGAGCGCUGCUUGCUGAUGCCGCGCUGUAGUUCUUUCCUGGCCAAGGUCAUGACGUCUCUCCUCUGCCACCCGCAAAAGAGAGCGAACGUCCACCGCCGCCCGCCGCUGCCCUACAGGAAGUGGGAGGCGGAGCUGCGGCGGAGGGUUCAGGGCUGGUACCGGGCCGUCGGGAGGGCGGAAGACCAGACGGCGCGUGCCGAGCUCCUGGGACUUUGCCAUCAGUUCUUCUGGACGCUCGGAGAGGCGAGUCCGCUGGAGGAGACGCCCUUCCACCUGCUGCCGUUCAACCAGCGCGUGUGGCUCCUCAAGGGACUGUGCGAUCACGUGUACGAGACGCAGAAGGACGUGCAGGACGCGGUCCUCGGGCAGCCCAUCCACGAGUGCCGCGAGUCCAUCCUGGGCUACGACGGACAGGAGAACGCAUACAUACACUUUCCGCACUUCUGCGGCGCCGACUUGAGGAUCUACUGCCAGAGUCCGUGCGUCGAGAUGGAGUUUCCUCUUCCGCUGUUCCACGUCCAGAGAUCUGAGGAGGAACUGGAGGGGUCAGAGGUCAAGGUGGAAACAUAUGGCAUGAAGGAGGAGGACGAGAGCUCCAGCAGGACGGAUCUGAACACAUGGAGCCUGAAGGAAGAUUUGCUCGCCGACCGGGAGGAUCCGGAUCAGAAGUGUUCCUCCAGCGUCCUCUCGUGGUGCAGAGAAGAUUCUCUGGACUCUGGAAGCAUGCGAGGGAAGUUCACAGAGGAAGGGCGGUUAAAAGAAGAGGAAGAGGAUGAAUCGGACAGCGAGCCGUGCUUCCGAGUGGGAGAGAGCUGCUAUAAGGGCGUUUCACCUGCUCUGAACACUCACAGAAGUCCUAAAAAAGAUGUGAAUCACAUGACCAGUGAGGACCAAAGUCCCUGUGCGGACUGCUGUGGAGCGUCGCAGGAGUCGCCACGUCUCUGGACUGAACCCAUCCUGCCGGGAAUCACCCGCCUGCGCCGAGACAACGCCCAGAAGAAGAAGAAGAAAGAGCGAAAGCUUGGGAUGAAGAAAACCAGGACGAGCAAACUGAGCUUGAAGAAACGAACGGCCAAAAGCAGCCUGCAGAGAGCCGCCACAGCCAUGAAGAGGAAAGACAAGAGGAAACGACGCAGGCUGGCAGGAAACAGGUUUGAUGGGAAGAUGUCGGUGAGGAGACCAGCAGGAUCUGCUCUGCUUCCGGCAGGACCCUCAUUUCAGUUGAUCUGCUCCAGUCUGGAUGAUCUCAGAGUCCUGAUCAGUAAAACAGAAGAUCAACUAGAUCAACUGGACGACGGCGGCAAAAAGAGAUCUGGACGACGGCCACACAAAAGAGCCGCUGUGAAAGAGUUACACAUCACACUAAUAAGGCUGCUAAAGGAGCUGUUACCAUGGGAACCCAAACUAGUCAAGGCCUUCCAGAGGAACAGAGCACGCUUGAAAAAGGAGUGUGACGAUUUCAAAAAACACCCUGAAUAUGACAACUUUAUCAGGGAGCAGAUGGAUACAACGGAUACUGGGGAAGUUGUGUGCAAAGAUGGGUCGUUGUCCGCAGAGACGGCAAGGGAACUGGAAGAUGGUGAAGUCAAAAUGGACAGAACUUCUGAGGCAACAGAGAAUGUAAAUCAGCUAGGAAAUCAUGAGUCAAGAUGCCUAGUUGACAGACCUGAGAUUGUCAUGCAUUCGUCAGAGUCUGGACCCUUCACACGCAGUUCAAAACGCCGCCAAAGCGGUGCAAUCAGUGAUGAACUGAGUCCAUGCAAAAGAGGAAAAAUAGACCAAGAGAGCUCUUUGACCUCUGAAUUUAAGGAAGUUGUAUCCAGGGAACAAGCAACAGUGAUCCCACGAGCAUCAGCGUUGCCUGAGCCUUUGAGUAGCUUUCAGGGUUCUUGCAAACCCAUCCAGGCACUUCUGGCCAAGAGUGUUGGAAACAAAGUGACCUUAAUAAGUCAUCCUAAGGCUGCAGUGAUGGCUCAGAUUCUGCGGGAUCAUAAUAAGACUUCUGUAACUCUGCCGCCUGUCCGAUUAUCAACUACCUGUCCACAAACUGAACCUGUCUCUACAGAAACACCAACUACAACAUCCACAACCGAAAGCACUGAACAGGUGGUGUACAAGACGGCAGGCGGCGUGGGGCUUCUCAGGAAAGGAAGCACUUGUGUAAAGUUUUCAGCGCAGCCAGUAUCAGAUCAGAAAUCAGGGGGGAAUAUAAUGCAACAAGUUGUUAUACUGCCUUCAAAUCUACUGAUUCAAAGUGCUGAGAAUAAGGCAGCCAAGACCUCUGCAUCUCUCCCUAAGACCACAACGUACUUGUCCAAUGCUUCAGGCUUCACCAUACCGGAAAACAAGGUUCCUGUCCAGCAGGUGGCACCAUUGAAAGACACCAGCACUGCCAGAACACCAUCUGCUGUAGUUACACCCAAUUUAAGGAGCGCUUGUGGAGGUUCUGCACCUAAAAAGACUACUGUGGUCGUGAACAAAUCAGCCAGUUCGACCAAACCUGAUGCUAAACAGGAGCUCAGGACAGUGUGCAUUAGAGACUCGCAGUCCAUCCUUGUCACUACGAGAGGAGGAAACACAGGGGUGGUCAAGGUGCAGACGUCAGAGAGUGGAACGGGGGCUUUGCCAGCCAGUCCGGUUUUUACCAUCUCACCGCAACUGCAAGCCUUUCUGGUAUCAAAGUCUUCCACGUCCACUACACAAGGUGUUUCGGCCACCCUCGCUGCUAAAUCUUUACCUAGAGUCACGGAUGUCGUUCCGGUCAGCUCAUCUACUUUUGUGGCAGGAACUGACGCAUCUUCAACCCUGAAUCAAAUUAGCAAUGAUGGCACUUCAGCCAAAACAACAAUCCCUGGCAAAUCCGCACUCCUGGCCACAAGCAAAGACAGUGAAAGCGUCCUUAUAACUGCAAAAGACAUCCAAGGCUUUCAGCAGAAACACCCACAAAAGAGGCCUCUACCAGGAAGCAGAACUCCAGAGCAAUCUGCUUUCCAAAAGGUUUUCCUUGUCUCGCCUUCACCAAAUAUCCCUUCGCCAACAACAAAGGUCACCACUACUACUUCAGCAACCUGUACUUUACCAGGAUCACGGGUCAUGUUCAUAAGCAACUCAGCACUUACCAUUCCAAAAGAGGCGUCUGCUUCAGAGGUCAACAUUUCUUCUACUAGUACACCAGCGAUGAAGGUCGUUCCCAAGUUGGGGACAACUUUAUCCUGCACUUCUUCUGGUAACAUCCAGAGCAUCGGUGUCCCAGGGUUAAUGUCAAGAAUACUCGGUACAAACAAGAAUAUGCCAUCAGCAACCGAAGCCUCUGUGAUUGUCUCCAGAGUACCUGCGACGUCAACUUCAAGUGGGCUGCAGAUUGGCCAAAAAAGCUGUUUGGUUGCAAGCAGAAGUCCGUCAGGGAAUACAGGAAGCUCUCUGAAAGUUCCUGGGACUCCUGAUGGCAAAACGCUCACAUUUUCAACGCUAGGCACCGGCCACAUGGCUUCUUCCGCACUUUUGUCAGUUGUAAAACCGGAAGUACCUUCAUCGAUUUCAAUGUUAAAAGCUCUUCACUGUAAACCAGAGUUAACGACAGGCAGCUCGACUAUAUCUUCCUCUUAUUCAGGAGGCCUAAUAACCAAAAACACUACGUUACCAGUUAAUGUGACCACUAACAAGACACCAAUAAUCACAUCCUUUUGCACUUCACGGUCACUGAUUAAAACAACCUCUUCUGGAGUCUCCAGUCCUCUUGCAUUGAGCUACGCUUCAACUCCUCCAGUGGUCAUGACCUCUGGGCUUCGUCCUCCGACCUCUACCGCCAAGAGUGUCCAGGAAAAAAUUGUGAUCAACACCACUGCCCCACUUGCACCUGGAACUCAGCUCCUGAUCAACAACACCAGAUUUGUUGUACCUUCUCAAGGCCUUGGACCUGGCAGCCAUGUUCUGCUCAUCAACUCUUGUCCUGGAGGAUUGCGAGGUCCAAACAGUUCAACUCCUCACACCGUUCCUUCAGUUGUGCAAGGUAUGAGAUUGGUAACACCAGUCAGGCUACCCUCACCUUCUGAUCGAGUCCAUCAACAACUAGGCACAAGAACUCCACUGAAUGUGUCUGGUUCCACUACUCUCUCAGCUUUUCGUCCUGGUGUAUCAUCAGAUAUUGUGAGACUUCCGAUCUUUCAAACCUCCGACGUCUCAGUUACACCAUCACACGGUAUGGCCGGCUGUCCCAAAGAAACCUCUGCUCCUCAAGGGGGUUUACUAAGCACAACUUCUCCGAUGAUCUUGCAAGGAAGACCAUCCCUAAACCAAGUGGUCCCGGCCGUGCCCCCAAUGAAAACUGCAAUCGCACGGCAUACACCAAUGGUAACCGUUCCACCCAUGAGCAGCACGAUAUCACGGAUGCAGAAACUUCCAGUUGCAAUGGUUCCACCAAUCGGUGGUCCAACCAACGCAAGUCCAGCCACUCCUAUUGCAAGUGUACCUCCGUCUAUGAACACAGUUAUAAUGACCCCUUGUCCACCCAUCAGAGCUGUGCAACCUGGGACAAUCGGAAAGCCUGCUAUUUUACCCCAACCACUACAAGGACAAAACACGAUUCCCAGCCCUAGUAAACUGCUGUUGAGCCCAGAUGGGGCUAUUUUAAAUAUAGUUCAAGCCUCAAGCAUACAAGUGUUGGCAAAGCCAAUGGCCGCCCAAGUGGUUAGUUCCUCCUCAAGUAGUGUUACUGUACCUACUUUAAACACAAAUGAUCCACUGAGAAAACCAGAUACCCUGGAGAGACCUAAUCACUGAAGACCUAAUCUGUUGUUUUCCAUUGUGAUAAUAGAGGAUGAUCCACUGUUCAUUGUUUUGGGCUUUGUUGAGAACAAGUUGGAUUGUGCGGGCUUCCUUCGGUUCCAUUUCUCCAAAUGUUGGAGGCUAAACUGAAUUAAUUUUUUGUGCAUUUUGCUCUUUUACCAUACAUAUUGAGGUGAAAUUGGUCCUUAGAUUUGUAAAUAAAAGAGAAAUUUGGAGAUUUCAACUGGCCAGUAAUGUACAUAACAGUAUUUGUUUGGCUGACUCUUUUCUACUCCAUUUGUAUGCAAAGGUUUGAAUGUUUUUGUAGCAUUUUCCAUUAAAUGAUUAAUAUUGUUCUGUAGAACAGUCUUCGGUCUAUUUAAGAGUAUGUCUGGCAAAGUAGUACAUUCAGGCAUAGGUAUCAGACAUUAUCUGAUAACUGUUUGGUUUUGUGUUUCCUCUAUAUACAUGACAAUAAACUUGGCAUAUUUAUGACUGAAGUAA